UCGCGUUGACGGGUCCCGUCCCAUCUAUCUUUGACAAUCACGAACCCCACGUCCAAUGCUCUAAUAUCUCCCACGACAGACAACAUGGAAGCCGAGUCGCCCCUCUCUACACCUCAGCCGGACCCGACCCAGAGUGACGCCUCCCCGUCAACAGACAGGAGGAAGUCCGGCCGGGUGACGCGAAAACCCGAGUUGUAUUCGCAGAGAUAUGGCGCCAGCAACGGUGCGCCCGCAGGCGGGGCUAAACGCAAGCGCACCACGACUGGCGAUGAUAAUGAUGAUGACGAUGAAGAGAUCAAUGAGGACGCGUCGGAGGCUGAAAGCGAUGAGCCUGGCGACGAAGACCCCGACGAAGAGGAGUUGCGGGAGAAAAAACGAGCCGCGCGCAAAGCAGCUACCAAGACGCAGUCUUCCGGAUCAAAAGCGAAGCCCAAGUCUCGCAGUGUGAAGAAACCCAAAGUCGCCGGCAAUGGACUGCCGAGUCGCCUGGCCCUGCGACCUGCUGCCAAUGUGAGGAAGCCGGUUUCCCGUCCCAGACAGAUGAAGGCCCGGCUCACUAUGGCUGCUCGUGAAGGCGGUCUUUAUGCGGAGGUCUUUGGCAAGGGACGAACCGUUGAAACGGUCGCUGCGGAGUGGCUCACGCAAUAUCAGGAAGCGCAAGAUGUUGCAGUCUGCGAUAUGGUUAAUUUGAUGCUUAAAUGCGCAGGAACCGAUCUCGAAGUCAAUACUGAUGAUAUUGAAGAUGUCGACCACGCACCGGAUCGCGUGGAGGAUCUGGAAAAUCAGUACCAUGCUCUAGGGAUCUCCGAAUAUCCCCUUAUCUCCAGGUCUAGAAAGCUGAGGGCUUUCCAGCCCGUUCUGGAGAGUUUCUUCAUGACGCUGAUACAAACGCUGCACCAUUCCUCCGUGCUAUAUACCGAUCCAAACCUUUUCGAGAACAUCCAAGUUUGGAUCUCCUCUCUGUCCUCUUCCCGGUGUCGGCCGUUUAGACAUACCGCUACCAUAAUUUCUCUGGCAACUAUGAACACUUUCUGUGAAAUAGCUCGAGAGGUCAACACCACGGUCUCUACGUCCCGCAAACAGCUUGAGAGUGAGAAAAAGAAGAGAUCGGUUAACAAGGGCCGAGUCGAUGCUAUUCAGACCGCCAUCGACGAGGGUGAGCAGAAGCUGGAGACGAUCGACGAAUACCUGAAAGAUGGGGUCAACGUCGUUUUUGUCCAUCGCUACCGUGAUGUCGAACCCGCUAUUCGGGCAGAGUGCAUGGCAGCCCUGGGACGAUGGAUGCGCAGUUAUCGCGAAUUUUUCUUCGAGGGCCAAUUCCUCCGAUAUUUCGGCUGGAUCCUCUCAGACUCCGUCGGCCAAACGCGCGCAGUUGUGGUGGACCAGCUCCGACUUCUAUACGAAAUCAAAGACAACAUGGCUGGCUUACGAUCGUUUACCGAGCGUUUCCGCCAACGGCUGGUUGAGAUGGCUGCCCACGAUGCGGAAAUUACAGUGCGCACCUCUGCCAUUGAGCUGCUUGAUCUCAUCCGCGAGACUGGUUUAAUCGAGCCUGCAGAUGUGGACACCGUCGGCAAACUCGUCUUUGACUCCGAACCCCGAGUCCGCAAAGCGGCUGGUCGCUUUUUCGUUGCGAACGUUCAGGAUGUGUUCGACUCAACGACGGAGGAGAUGGGGGAGGAGUGCAACGAAUUAUUCGGCGAUGAAGACGAGGACGAUUUCGAAUCGCCCAAGCGCUCUUGGAUCAAAUUCAAAUGCCUAGCCGACAUCUUCCAAGCCUACGACGACCUAGAGAACGAGAGCGCGGAAGAGCCCGUGGCUUCCAGAGAUGCCCUUUCGGGGGCUCCAAUGGACACGCGCUUUGUCCUUGCUACGGAGGCCAUUUACCCCCAUCUCAGUGACUUGGCUCACUGGCAAGCUCUGGCGGGAUAUCUUCUCUACGAUCACUCCCAGAUUCCGGAAGAGCCCAGCGAGGACGAUGCUGUUGCUGUGGUCCGAAGAUCAUACAAGAUGCAGGAAGGCCAGGAAGUGAUCCUUCUGGAAGUGCUGUGCUGUGCUGUCAAGCUGCGUGUCCUAGAAAUCGCCAAGUCGGACAUCGAUAAGAGGGGCCGAAAAGUCAAGGCCUUGACCGACAAAAUCCCAGAGCUGCAGGAAGAGAUCGCACAUAGUUUGGCGCAGAUUAUCCCGCAGCUGCUGAACAAGUACGGCUCCGUCCCAGAGGCAGCCUUUGCGGUCUUGAGGCUGGAACAUCUAGUCGAUCUUGAGAAGAUUGAGGAUAUUCAAAAGGACGCGGCCGCUUAUACUUCGUUGUUGAACGACAUUAAUAAGCAGUUCCUCACGCAUUCAGACCAGGAUGUUCUGGCCGAGGCUAGUGUUGCUUUCAUCCAUGCAAAGAGCUCCGACGACAUGCGCGAGGCGAUGGAAGGCAAGAUCCAGGAGCUGUGGGAUAACACGGUAGAGACCCUCGGUACUCUCUCUCAGAACGAGGAGGUGGCAGAGGGAAGCUCAAUACCCCCCGCCACACUCAAUGAGCUCAUCAACACAGUGAUCCGGAUCUCGAACCUUGCCAGUGUAACUGACUGUACUCAUCUCUUGGAGUCUCUGCCGUCUGGUCGAGCCAAAGGGAAAAGGACAGAGCGUUCGGAAGCGCCUUUCAACACCCUUAUGCAUCUGGUGAAACGUGGAUUGCGCGAACAAGAGGACGAUGAGGAUCUAGCCAAAGCAGAAACCGAGUUGGUUACCAACAGUAUACGGACGCUCUUGUUCUACUUCAUGUGGAAGGUGCAGACCUUAACCACGGCCCUGAACGCAGGGAAGGCCUCAUUCAACACGGCAUACUUUGAGGCGCUGACAAAAGGCCGCGAGAUGUUUAUCGCGACUCUUGUUGCUAUCAUGAAGCAGCGCUCGGGGCUGGACGAUGUGCGUUUUUGCGCAGCUACGACUCUCCUAGACCUCCAGACGUUGUUCGGCACCCUUCGCCAUGCUGGGAUGACUGCAGCGAAUGACGAGGAUGUGAUUCUCCAGACUCAAAGCCUUGUUCACGAGAUCGGAGCUGAGCCAAAGGCCCUCAUCACCAAGAUCCAUGGCAUAGCAGAACGUACGUAUGCGAGAAAGAUACGUCUGCCUCUUGAGCCUCUUGACGACGAGGCGCCUCUUUCCGACGACGAAAUCCGCAAGGCACCCGAGGAUGAAGAUGAAGAGUCCGAGCCCGAAGAAGCCAUGGACGACGAGCGCCUACGGUCGAGCAUUGUAGCAGAACAACGGCUGUGCGAACUGACCGGCAAGAUCGUCCUAGCCAUCGUAGGUCGCAUAAUCGACGCUUCCGGGUCAGACAGUGGCGAGCUGAAGAAGAGACUGCUCAAGCACAAGUCCGAGCUGGGCCGAAACUACCGCGAAGUCCUCGCCUACCUUGGAGACCGUAAGCCCAAACCUGCAGCACCCCGGGUGGCUCAGCCAAGAAGUAAACAACCUUCGGCGCGAGGCAAAGGCCAGAACGGCUCCGGCGCCAGCAAGCAAGCAGGAGACCACAAAUCCGCCGAACGGAUAGAUGAGGAGGAUGACGAAGACGACCACGACGGCGACUCUCCCGUCGAGGACGACGAUGAGGACCUACGCGCCCGGGGCCUUCUCGAAGAGGAGAACAUUGACUUAGAGCACGACGAGGAAGAAGAGGACGAGAACCCAGCCGGACCAGAUCCAGACGAGGACGAAGUUAUGGGUGAUUAGUUCGUUGAUUUUCCGGAUGAAAACUAGGGAAG